AUGACGAAGGCCUACCUCGACAUUGACCUUGUGAACCGGACAGAUGCGUCCAUGCUCUAUGUACACAUCACGGGGAACAGGCUGCAUAACGAAACAAACCAGCCUCUGGGUCCGAUGAUAAUGAAGGCAGACGGACAGACGCCUCAUAUGCUGACUUGGAACGGGGUGAACGCCUCGAAGCUCGCCGUCGACCACGGCAUUCGCGUGGGCCGGCCUGGAGACACGAAGCGCGUCCGAAUCCCUCGCCUGGAAGGCGGCCGCAUCUAUUUCAGCAAGGGCCGCCCGCUCACGUUCUUGGUGAACGAGGGACCGGCUUUGGUUGAGCCUUCAGUGAUGAACAAGACGGAUGCCAACUACAGCGGCCAUUGGACGUUUGCCGAGCUCACCUUCAACAUGGGGGAGGUGUACGCCAAUGUCUCCUAUGUCGACUUCCUGAGCAUCCCGACUGCUCUGCGCCUGACGACCGAGUCGGGCCGUGUCGCAGAAGUCCAGGGCAUACCCAAGGGCGGCAUCACCAAGGUAGCGGAGGGACUGGAGAAGCUUGGCAAUCCGUGGAAAAAGUUGGUGGUGAGAUCUCCGUCUGGCUCCAUUAUCCGCAUCCUCAGCCUCAACUCUGGGUAUGAAUUGUAUCCCGACCUGUUCAGGAAUUUCUUCGACGAGUAUGUUGAUAAGUGCUGGGAGCGCUAUGAAAAGGUGGACCUGAUGGUCGACACUCAGCAUGAAGACUGGGGGGUGUUCAAGGGUCGGGUCCGAGGAGGACUGCUUCGAUUUACGAAGCCGAAUAAGCCGGGAUUCGAGUUCAACUUCGAGAAGCCAACAACACAAGACGUCCUUACCUGCAACACUGGGCCUUUUGCGGUCCGGCAACCUGUGGACGAACGGGAGAAGGCCAGACUUGCCGUCGGGGCCCGGAUUGCUGCGGCGAUUAAUAGAGUGACGCUGCUGAUCAACAACAAGCAGCCCAGCGGCGAGAAAGUCGGCACAUACUACCGCACCCAGCCAUGCAACUACUACUCGAAAAAGGUCCACCGCGUGUCGCAUGAGAGUCGCGGGUACACCUUCCCGUAUGACGACGUUACCAACAAGGUCGAUCAGUCGGGGUUCGUCAACGAUUCAAACCCAAAGGUCUUGACGGUGACGGUUGGAGGGUUUCGAAAUCCGACUCAUCUUUAA